GCGCACGCGCCGACCGCGCGCAACUCCUCCCGGAUUCAAAACCUACCGGCUCAUUUACUACCGCGCUAUAUUUAACCGCUGCGGCCAGAUUCAUAUCUGCAUGUUCCGCCAAAAAAGAAAAUAAACCGAGUUCGGACAGUGAUGUGAAAAUCGAUCGACCAGUGCCUUCGAUCAGUGUCAGUUACAAAUGAGUGGACUAGACGUCAUACGGUAUCUCUAAAUCAUUGUAACGCAGGAAGUUAAAUUUGCUAGCCCGUUGUACCGCCCUCCAAAAUGAAUCCACCGUCGGCGCUGUUUGGCGCCAUGAAUCGGGAACGAAAACCUUUCACAUAUACACCUGGAGGACUGGAUCUUUCAGAGAUUAAGUCGGAACGUAUGGCGAAACGGCUAAUGAGAAAUGCUAUGAACCAAGGAGUGCCUGAAACUCCUACACAACAAAUACAAUCUCCACAAACGCCAUCUACUCCAAUUGCUAUGCCGAAUUUCAAUUGUUUACCAGUACAAGUGUUUCCGACAUUUAAUCUCCCAGCAAAUCCUAAGUCACUGCUCAGAACAAGAAGCAAUCCUGAUUAUCCUAAAGAAUCUAAUCAGAGAGUGCCUCCUCCAUCACAAAUUGCCAUUAAUAAGCCUAGUGGAUUGCAAACACAACAGAGUACGCCAUAUAAUCCAUAUGAAAAUAUAUCACAAGUGCCACAAAUAAGUUUAAGUCAAAACAGACCUGCGUGUACUAACAACUACAAUAUAAUGCCAAAUAGCACUAUGCCUAGGACAGAUUAUGGAAGUGAUGGAUGUACAAAGCCACUUCUUCCUGCUAUUAGUUAUGAAGCAGAAUACUUUCAGACUCCUUUUUCAAGCAAUAAUGGUACAUCAGUGGUCGUACCGGCAAAACUAAAUGAUAUUCAAAUAAAUAUACCCGAAAGAAGCAAAAAUAUUAAUACUUGUAAUUUACCAAUAAAGAAUAAUGAAACUGAACAAUUAUUCCUACAAAAUGAAAAGUUGGAUUCCGAUUUAACAAUAAAACAAUCUAUAUCAAAUAAAGAUGAACCAGCUCCUAUAGAAACAAUGCCUGUUGAAAAUGAAGUGACAUCUGAUAGUGAACAGAGGGAAGUCAAAGUUGUAAAAAAACAAGUUAAGAAAGAACAAAAAAUUGAAAAUGGCAAUCAAAAUGGAAGCGCAGAUGUUGAAGCCGAAUUAGUAGUCAAGUUACCGGCAAAAAAAUCUGCAGCGAAAACUGAAACAAAAGUCGAAGUACAAAAAACUACCCUUCCCGAUGGUACAGUAGAGGAAGUGAAAGUAACUACUACAAAAACAACAAUCGAUGGUAAGACAGAAAUAAAGACAAAAACAGAAAAGAGAAUAAUACCUAAAGAGGAUGAGGAGGAAUUCGAGGAAGAAGAAGAGGAACAGGAAGAAAUUGAGGGUGAAGUACAGAAAAAGGAAGAAAUUGUUGAGCAACCUGAAGUAAUCGUGAAAAAGACUGUAAAAGAAAGCCCAGUGUUGGAAAACGGCCAAAAAGAAACAGUAAUAAAGCAAGAAGAACGAUCUGAAAGCUCGACUACAAAAAAGGUAGUAAUUGUUCAAAAAGAUGAAUCUGAAGAAGAAGAAGAGGUAGAAGAAGAAGAUGAACCAGAACCAGUGGUUAUUAAGAAACCAGUCGAAAAACCACCAUCACCUAAACCGGAAGUGAAAGAAAAAACGGAAUCAAAAGAGGAAGUUGAGGAAGAGGAAGUAGAAACCAAUAAACAAAUUAUAGAAAAAAAGAACGUACCAGAAGUGCAACAUGAAGAGGAAGAAGAUAAGGAAGAAGUUGUGACAGUUAAAGUUAAAAACGUAGAAACUACGAAAGAGGAAGAAGAAGAGGAGCAAGUAGAAGAAGAAUAUGAAGAAGCUAAGGAAGCAAGUAUUGAAAAGAAAGAAGGUGUGACAAAAGUUGAAGAAAACCAAAAACAACAGGAUUCUGAGUCUGAAUACACUGAAGAAGAAUAUGAGUCUGAGACAGAGGAAACGCCAGUAAAAGUACCUGAACCUAAGCCGAAAGAAAUCGAAUCAAAGGAGGAAAAACCAGAGUCAGAUAAAGAAAGUGUAGAAAAAGUCGAAGAAGAAAAAACCGAACAAAUUAAAGAAGAAUCCAAGCCAGUACCCAAAGAUGAAAAACAAGAAGAACCAACGCCACAAACUCAACCAAUUGCUGAGUCGAAAAUACCACUUCAAGAACCAUCUAUACCUCUUGAGAAGGUGGAGGAAGUAGAAAUAAAGCCAAUUGGACCAGCAAGUGAAGUGAUUUCGAAAACACAUACAGAAAAUACUGAAAUAUUUAGUAACACAACACAAAAACCUACAGGUCCCCUUAGUACACAAACUGAAUACAGUCGAGUCGAAAAUAUCGUAACUGUAAAUCGAACUACAAAAGCGCUUGACCACAGUUAUGAACAAAUUACACAAGCUGGCAUUCCCACGGUCAGAACAUAUUUUGCUCCAAGUAGAGAAAGGAUUGGAACAUCUCCAACUCCUUCAAAACCAUAUCAACCAGUAUAUACACCCGAACCAAAUACAGAAAGGCGUCAUAGUUUACUCCUUGACAGACUUAGUAUGGAACGUCAAUUACCUACUUCCGAUAUAUAUCAAAAUUCAUAUCAGUAUAAUAAUCAAUCAUACGAGCAGCAGAGACAAUGGUCACAAGAGCCACAAUCAGAAGUCCUGACUGUAAGUAAUGUCAAGCCUAGUAAAAUAACUAACUCGCAGUGGUAUCAACAAAAUCACAGAGAAAAUGCUAUUUACAACAACGUAACGCCCACGGUAGGCGUACCACCUCCAGCUCCCACUCCAGCGCCAGUCAGUCAAACAUGGGGCCAAUCCCAGCCCCAGUCACAACCACUUCCACAAACGCCCCAGUAUCAAUCUUCUUAUACAGACAAUACUGCACAAGAACGAACCAUCACAAAUACCUACCAACCAACGAGUUACCCUACCUACGUGCCGAAGCCUACUAAUUGGGUGAACAAUGACAUACCUGCUGUUAACACAAACCAAUAUUCAUUUUUAAACAAAGACACUACUGAAAAUUAUCAAAAGUCAACUCAACAAUAUUCUUCUUCGUACGUCCCCCCACCAUGGGAACAAGACUCAAAUUACGUAUUAGAAAACACAAACCAAAAUUACUAUCAGCCACCACCACAACCGAAUACAUACACUCCUAGUCCAAACCAAGGUUGGAAACCACCACCAGCCAAGUUUUCUAAACCACCCCCUACAGCUUACAUACCACCAGCACCAAAUCAAUCUUUUGUUAAAUCAGCUAACGUAGAACAACCUAGAACGCCUGGCAGGAAAACAUAUUACAGUGAAUAUGAAAGGCGGUACAUCACAGUACCCGAAUCCACUUAUAUCCCUGGCGAGACUGCUAAAUUCCAGCCACAACCAAACCCAUCACCUCAAUAUUAUUACGACAACAAUGAACCCUCUGAGAAGGUAGAACAUGAAUGGCGUAAAGAGCUCCGAGAAUUUACAGAGAAGACUUCUCAAACAACGGAACAAACAUCAGUCAAACCUCCAUGGGAAGAAGAUGCUAAAUAUGCCAAGUCUCCGACAGCGUAUACACCAACUCCUACUUGGAGCCAAACUCUGCGGCCGCGAUCAUGGCGUGAAAGAAGUUUCGAGUCUGAAUAUGUUGGAUCUCAAGAACUUCCGAAGACUAACACCUUAGGAAGAGGUCGCCCGUUAAGUACUUACGCUAAAACUGAAGCGCCUAUCCCUGAAAGGGGUAGAGGUGUGUCUGUGGAUAGAUACAAUCCUAAUUACUAUCAAUCUCCGAUUCCGGCCGAGCAUCCACCAGUGCCAACGCACACUUUGGCUCCUACACCUCCAGCGAAGGCCUACCACAACCCUAACGUGCCUGCGUAUCACGCACAUCCCCGUGCUUCUGCCGAACCACGAGAGCAGUCUGUACCAUAUCCACAGGCGCGUUUGUGGGGUUCGGACGCCCGUGGCAGCCCGGUCCAGUCAAGAUCUUUCAAAUAUCUUCAAUGGAUAACUGGAACAGAUGACUAAUCAUCUAGAACUAAUAUAAACUCUAAGGCUAUUUAUUUAAGACAAAUUUCAUCGCAGCAACUGCAGUCUAUUUUUGUACGAUCGUCUUCAUCGUGAUCCUAAAAUUCUUCAAACGAAUUCGAAGAGAUUACAUGAAGCGAAAAAUAGAUCUGCUUAACAGCUGCAUGAAUUGUGUAAGGUUGUAAAUUAAUUCGAUAUAACGAAUAGUUCGAUUGUAUGUAUUAUUUAAAUUUAGCGUAAGUUAGCUAUCUUUUAGAUUUUUAUACUUUUAACUACUUGAUUCUCUUUAAUUUUCGAUUUCUACAAUAAUGUACAGUUUAGCGGGCCUCGGUAUACGUAUUAAACGCAUGGGAAAUGUGUCACCCGAAAUACUUUGAUAAUCAGUUGUUAUAUGUGAUAUAUCCUGUUGUUUGCUAACCUAGUCAUUUGAGACAAUAAUGUCGCUAGUCUUCUCAAAAUAAUUUAAAAUGUCUUGAAAUGCAUUUUCUGCUUCAAUUGUUUUUUUAAUAAGGUUAUUAAUCCCUUGACUUAUAAUUAAUUUAAAUUUAAGAUUAUUUGUAUCUUACUAUAAUUAACAGUUUUCUUAGGUGUACUGUGAGAUAUUGCGUCUUUUGUCAAAAAACGAUUUAUGUCUCAUCAGUACGUGAUCUUUGCUUAAAUUAUUUGUUUUUAAAAACCAAUUAUUUUAAGCUUUCAUAACAACAUUACAGAAUCACUGUGUGUGUAAUCAAGUUCCUUUUUGCGUAAAAUAAGGUGCAUGGUCCAUUAUGUAAUAUUCGUUAUUAUUUAACUUUAUGUUAUUUGUGAGAUUAUUGUUGAGUUUUAUUUAAUAAAAAUAUAAAAUUUGGAA